AUGAGCAAUGAUGAGCCAGAGGAGGGUCUAUCCAUUGCGAACGCUUGCGAAUCAGAUGGGCGUACUGAGCCAGUGAAUGUUAAAGUAGAGGUUCAAGAAGACGAGGAAAUGAUCGCCUUCGAUGGUAUCGAUGAUGAAGCUUCAUCCAGAACAGCAGAGGUAUCCGAGAAUGAACCUGGUACCAGUGGAUCGGACUCAAGCUGUGACGGCGAU